AGGAGUUAAAACUGUCGAUAGAUUUUUCCAGCCCUUUUAUCUGAUUGGUCAAAAGUUGAGCGCUGGGACGGACAAGUCAGUCCGCUGCUGCCCUCCGGAGUGUUGUGGACAGCGUACUAUAGGUUGUUGGAUACCGAAUUUGAAAAUGAAUACAAUAUUACUCCGAAUUUAGCAGUUCGUUUUGCGUGUGAUUGUUGGAAGUGCGUAGUUUUGUGUUUCGUUUAAAUUAUUUUAAAGACCGAAGCAUUUUACGGUGUGCCAGUUUAUUAUAUGCAUAGUGGAGUGGGGCGGUCGAUGACAUCGGCCACUGACAAUUAAUGCAUGGAGACAGCGGAUCUCAGUAAGAAUGGGUAACAAGAUUUCAACAAGGAUGUCGAUACGGGGUUAACUUCAGCCACGGAAAUUCAGAUUUUGGAUCAUGAAGUUGUCUUUGAUCAGGAUGGCAGUUUUGAAGAUCAUGCUGCUCAUCUUUGAGGCUUUUCUGCUGUCUGACUGCGCAAGAGGGCCCCCGAGGGUGGCGGAGAGAGUGGCCCACAGGCAGACAGCCCGCCUGGGCAGCGCCAUCAAGCUGCCCUGCCUAGUGGAGGGAGACCCCCCCCCCCUCAUCAUGUGGACCAAGGACGGACGUAACAUCCACAGCGGCUGGAUCCGCUUCCGAAUCCUCCGUCUGGGGCUCAAGAUCAAGGAAGUGGAGGCAGAGGAUGCUGGGACCUACAUCUGCAAGGCCACCAACGGGUUUGGCAGCGUCAACAUCAACUACACCCUCAUAGUGAUUGACGACUCUGGUUCUGACAAGACCGGGCCCGGGGUGGCAGAUAACCUGGAGGCGGAGUCGGGCCCAGACAACCUGUCAGUCCGGCCCAGGUUCACCCAGCCUGCCAAGAUGAGGAAGCGUGUGAUCGCCCGUCCCGUGGGCAGCUCGGUGCGUCUGAAGUGCGCGGCCAGCGGGAACCCUCGUCCAGACAUCGUCUGGCUGAAGGACGAGCGUCCGCUGACGGAGAGAGAGGUCGGCGAAGGGCGCCAGAAGAAGUGGACCCUGAGCCUGAGGAACCUGACCCCAGAGAACAGCGGACGCUACACCUGCAGGGUCUCUAACCGCGCCGGGGAGAUCAACGCCACUUACAAAGUGGAGGUCAUACAGCGGACCAACUCCAAGCCCAUCCUGACGGGAACUCACCCGGUCAACACCACGGUGGACUACGGGGGCACCACCUCCUUCCAGUGCAAGGUGAGGAGCGACGUCAAACCCGUCAUCCAGUGGCUCAAGCGGGUGGAGUCCAACGAGGAGAGCCGCUACAACUCCACCAUCGAGGUGGGCGACCACCGCUUCGUGGUGCUGCCCACGGGGGAGGUGUGGUCGCGGCCCGACGGCUCCUACCUCAACAAGCUGCUCAUCACCAGGGCCAAGGAGGAGGACGCCGGCAUGUACAUCUGCCUGGGCGCCAACACCAUGGGCUACAGCUUCCGCAGCGCCUUCCUGACUGUGCUGCCUGACUCCAAGCCCCCCAUCACCCCGAUGUUCACCCCAGCCUCCAGCACCCUCCCCUGGCCUGUCAUCAUCGGCAUCCCUGCUGGCAUGGUGUUUAUCUUCGGCACGGUGCUGCUGUGGUUCUGCCAGAGCAAGAAGCACUGCUCUCCUCCCAGUGCCCCUACGGCGGCCUCCCAGGCCCUGCAGUCCUCCCACCGCAUGCCCUACCGGGACCGGGACCGCAACUGCGUGGCCCCCUCCUCCACGUCCUCCAGCCCAGACAAAGACUGCCUGAGCUCCAUAAAGUACGAGGACUACCUGACCCAGAAGCAGUUGCUCCUCACCCAGGGGGGGUCGACCCUCCCGACCAAAAUCUACCCUAAGAUCUACACUGACAUUCACACGCACACACACUCUCACGUGGAUGGGGAAGUACACCAGCAUCAACACAUUCACUUUCAGUGUUAGCCCCUCCCUCCUACACAGUAGUGCCUGAGCGGUGUUUCAUCAGAAGUAACCACACAUUCUGGAACAAAUGAGAGUGGUUCCAGACAUUUCAUCAACGUCGCUUGGUACUAAUGUGUACAUAUUUCACACCACUAAAACCAAUUAAAGCCUGAUGUGCACUUACUUUCUAUAAACAUGUUGAGAUUCUGCAAGCUCGAACGAGAUCGAACGGUAGCUUUUGAGAUUCACAGUGACGUGCUGUCCACCCUCAUUUACAGGGGUUCAAGGAUCAGGACUGGGGUCAGUGUCAACCUUUACCUCUACUCAAGCUUUGUUUUGUCGUGAUUAAAAUGGUACUGAACAUAUUGCAGAAGGGCUGGUUUCAUGCUCAUACUCAGGUACGCCCUUUGAUCUUGUAUUGCUUUAGAUUUGUUGUGCUCAUCCAUCUAACCUGACCACUCUUCUUUACCGGAGCUGUGUCCAUCAGUGACCAUGUCUCUCUCCUGUUUUCACCCAUAAGGUCACAUAGGUUGACCUUUCAUAGGUCGCCUCCUGGGUUGUAUUGAGGUACCUGAGCCUUGCCAUAUCUGAGAGACUGCAAGGAAUACGAUAUUUAGGUUUCUACAUCUAGGACCUUGCAACACUUCAACCUCCAGAACACAAACAUUUAGGUUGCUACCACUAGGCUAGUAUGCGUGUUUAUGUAGUGGUGAUAUCCCCAGAAUACCCAGAAGGCUUUGCUGUAUAUACGAUACCACUGUAUAUGACAACAAUGGAAAGUAUUUGGACUGCAACCAGUUUCUAUAGAUGUAGUCGAUUAUACACAUUUUGAAACUCGUCAUGUAUAUUUUAUUUAUUUUAUUAAGGAAUCACAUUGUAUGUUUGUUUUCCGAACUUAGGCAUUUUAUAUGUAUUUUGAUCUCAAGUAUGUAAUAUUAUAAAGGUUUACUGUGGUUCAGAUGUAAAGUAUAGCCUAUAGCACAUAAGCACCGCCAGUUGAAUCAUAUUUAGUCCGUGCUAGUAUUUAGUCCAUCAUGUACUGUAUUUAAUUGGUUAUAUUUGACAAUCCUGUAUGAAAUAUCAUCUUAAAAGAAGAAAAUAAACUAAGCUACAUCA